AUGUCGUCUAAGUCUAUCGCUCCGAUUGAAAUAGGGUCGUUCACAGCCUCAACGCCUGAAAAGACGGAAUUUAUUGGCAGCGCAAGCGGAGUCUUUUUUGUCAACACCGUCUUUCGCGCCUUUGCUCGAUCGGCUUACAGUUCCAAGGCGCUUUCUGUCCAUGAGCAAUCCACCCAGAAUGACCCCGGAUCGGUCGACAGCCGGCUUGUCGAUCCAGAAACUCCCAUGCAACCGGACCAUGAGGCCCUGGGAAUGAGGAUCCUUAUCGAGAACGAAACUGGGCCGAACUCGUAUGGCGUCAAAGGCCAUGGACUAGGUGUUGCGCCAGAGCAAGAGCCAGCCAAGGGGCUCCUCGUUUUGUACCUGAAGAACUGGCAUCCUCUUGUCCCAUUUCUACAUGGGCCGACUCUCUAUGAAACAAUUCGCGCAUUGUACGAGACCGAUGGGCCAAGGAAGCUUUCACUGAGAAGCCGUUUAUGCCAUGCCAUCAUUUGUCAAUGCGUGUUCAACAUCGCAGCCCUUGACCAGCCAGAAGGCACUCUUGCUCUGGAAUCACGACUGGACUCACCAGCAAAAUUGCUCUCGCUCCUGGGAUAUGUUGCGAGCAACCAUGAUAAUCUUUCAUUGCAGGCCUUGCUCGCCGCCCAGCUCUACCUUGUUGCGACCAUGUCUCUCCGAGCCGCGUCGACAAUAGGAGGUACUCUGACGCGUGUGAUGUUUCACGCAGGUUUCCACCGAUGUGCUUUCCGAUAUCCACAAUUAUCACCUCACGAGUGCGAUCUGCGGAAGAGGAUUUUCUGGAGUGGCUACGUGCUGGACCGCUACUUGAGUCAAGCACUUGGUCAUCCUCUGGGUAUUCAAGAUUCUGACCUGGAUGUUUGCAUCCCAGGGAUGGACGAACUUCAUAAGCCGGUCAAAUCGAGCCAGCAAGUGUCAUGUGCCAGUCGGGAGCCCGCUGAGGGAGUCCUGGCUCACCUACCUCGUGGCCAUCGCGGACGAGAGUCACGCCCGGAAGAAGCUACGGGCUCAGAACAGGCUGGCGGUCCUGCGACUGGUUCUGAUUUGGAGUCAUCGGAUGAGAAUUCGCCAAAUGAUGUCAACAUUUCACAGCCAUCCCAUGGUUCCCAGAUACUGGGUCACUAUGUGCUCUAUUGCCGGCUGACAGGCCAAGCACUCGAGAUAUUCCACAUCUCGCUUCAGAACCGGACAAUAAAUACAGAACGAAUGAUGGAGCUUCAGUCCAAUGUUCACGCGUGGUGGAACGGUCUUCCUCAGGAGCUACAGGAUGAGUACACCGGAGAUGAGCAACCGUCCAUUCCUGUCUCUUUCGCCGAAGUCAUUGGAAUUCAAAUCGAGUCUACAGACAUGUAUUGCGGCAAGCCGACAGAUUAUUACGACCUCGCGGCGUCGACACGAGCGGAGUUUGGUUGUAUCGUGGCCUGGAAUGCUGUCAGCGACAUGGAUGGCGGGCUUGGUUUUGGCAUUCGCUUGCACUUUAAAACGAUACCCAUUCAGCAAAGCCCAAAGGAAUCAAUUCGUAGUCUCUCAGCAAUGGCAAAGAGCUGGAAUAACGCGAGACACUGUGCAGAGGCACUCCAGUCCCUCUUAGAGAAUCUGACAAGCCAAUAUAACGGGAGGCUGAGGGGCCUGACCUCUCCUCCGUCGUCCUCUAGCGUGGGCGACCCAGGGACGGCAGUGCUAGCAGCGAUCGGAGGACCAAUAGAGCCAAUUGCUCCGCAGCUCCCUUUAACUGAAAUGAAUGAACCUUCCAGGAAGAGGAAGAGGACCAGCCAGGGGCAACAACGACAGAACCGGCCACAAGGCGAGUCAUCUGAUGUAACAAAUGGUCGCUCGAAUCAAUCUCAAACCAUCAACCAAGAAUUUGACGCCGACUCAUACCAAUUGCCGAGCCUGAACAGUGGAGCAAUGCUCCCCAUUCUUGAAUACACAGGCCCGGAUCUUGGCUUCAGCAAUGGACAAUAUCCAACAAUGGACGACUUUGAGUUCCUCGGUCUGCCGGUUUCGGAUGAUCUGUACCCAAACAAUCCUGGUGCCUUUGGUAAUAUUGGCUGGGAGGCAAUGGCCAAUGGUUCCGGGAACAUGCAAAGCUGGGCCGCUUGGGGCACCCCGAAGUUCUGA